AUGACAAUAGAUCAUCUUAGAUCCCAUCCAGGACAUAAAAGAGCUGUGUUAUCGUUAUAUCGCGAUUUAUUACGCAAAUCACAUCGUCUUCGAAAGGUGGACCCCUCUUCUUCAACUACUUUAUCGAUACUGUCUUCCAAAGAUCUCUCUAUAAUAGCUAUGGAAUUGCAAGUUGGGGCAUAUGAAUCUUUUCGGCAACUGUACUAUUCCACAUAUUGCAUUACAAAGGCAUUACUCAAAGGCAUUCAGCUCUCCGAUUUAUUAGAAAAUGUACUUGUGGGUAAGAAAGUGAAUGACCUAAGAGAUUGGAUCAAAGAGUAUCAUUCUGAUAUAUGGGCAUGGCAAAAACGACGGGCAGAGUAUCUAAAGAACGAAAAGGAGAUAGAACUAGAAAAGAUUCGACAAGUACGUGGUAAAGGUGCAAGCAUGAUGAAUUCAAGGAUACGUAAAAGAUAUCCAUUUCCUGAUACGACCAAUAUGUCUGCUAAUGAGGUUGUGAAAGUCAAGCAAGAAUAUGCUAGUAGAUACACAGAGGAAUUUUUACGCAUUGUCAUCAAUAGAUUGCAAUGUGAUGGCAAAUUGCCUAAUCCACAUCUAUUACCUUAUACUCCAGAAACUCUACUUGCUGAUGGAGACGCAUAUGAUUCACGGCAUGUGAUAAGAGGCACGAAACCUGAAGUGAUUGAUCAAGCAUAUGAUCGAGAGUACCUUGAAACCAUAAUCAUGCCAUCAUUGGAAUUUGAAAUGAAUGACAUGAUACUAAACAAGUUGAACUAUGUAGUUAAUGAAAAGGGUCCACCACAUGCGGUGGUUAGUGAGGUAUCUUCGGGAAGGUCUAAAACACCAUAUAUUAGAACCCCCUUGGCGCACCAGGUUGGAAGAAAACAUCUUGCGUGGUUGAUUAAAGAACAAAUCUUGAGACACCGGCUAAAACUUAUUUGGGGAGCAAGCCCGGGGCCUUUGACUUCAGAAAACCUACAAAAAGAUGGAUCAUUCCCGGUAAAAGGAAGUGGAGGUUUUUCUGAUGAGGAAUACAUUAAGCCUAAAUAUUUUUACCAAAGUUUAGGCGAGCAAGAAGAGAUGUAUGAAUUGUUUUUGGAGUGCGAAAAGCAAUAUAACAAUGAAAUGGAUACGACUACACGUUAUACAGAAUCCAAAUUACAGUUGGACCUUGCACAAUUUGACUGGACAAGUAUAUUGAAUGAGGUGACACAUAUAUUGAACGCCGAUUGUAGCAAAAUUACGAAGGAGUCGAAUAUGGACAUGAGAGCUUUACACGAUAAAGUACAGAAAGAAUGUUAUAAAGUAUAUGAUGACUAUGCAAAUCGAUACAAAAACAUAUUGAAUGAUGUGAAACAAUUAGCCAUUUUCAAGCAUUGUGAAUUGGUUACACCAAAAGUCGAGCCUACAUCUCAAGAAGAGAGUCUAGUUCAGCCUUUUACAAAGUUCUCGUUAGAGGAUAGAGUUGGUAGAGGUGUGACAUUAGGUGAUGUGUUGAAAAAAAAUGGACAUUCGUAUUUCACCUGGGGUCAUCAGGUGAAAAAGCGUAGUCGACAACUCUCAGAAGAAUUGAGUCGAAGGUACUAG